GAGAGUGCGUCGCGACGUCCACCACGUUUCUGGCUUGAGUUAGUGUUGACGUUGUGCGCGCCGGCUGAGCCCACGACGUGUUGCGCCGCGUGUCCGAAAGUGUGUAACGCUGUUAGUGCCGUCGCCUGCACUGCAACUAUUCAGUCCCCGCUUGUUAUAUCAUUGCUCCAAGCGUUACGGAACUGAACGCGUAAAUAAAAAAAUUAGAAAAACAAAAGAAACAAAAAAAAAAAAGACAACCAUUCGGGCGUGACGGUAUAUUAAUAUACACACAUGCGUAUUAUAUCAAUUCAUAUCGAACGUGUGGAGUAUAACAUGCCUUAUACCUGAAAACGAAAGAACGAAAAACAACACCAAGCAACAGAAAAUAAAAAAAAUCGAAAAAAUCCACAAAACGGAAAACAAAAAUCAGCUUUAACGGAGAAGCGAAAAAAACCAUUUGUCAAUUGUCUAUAUUUUGCGCAAUAAAAAACAAAAAAAAAUCGAAUAAAAAAUCCGAAAAAAAAAGAAAAAAAAAUUUUAAACCAGAGAAAAGGAAGAAAGAAACAAGAAACGAAUUAUAAUAAAGUAAAUUAAUCGAGAAAAGAAAGACCAAAGAACUAGAAGAAAAAAAAAUAGGAAACGGUGACCAUGUGCAGGCUAAAGUUUUACCAGAUUGCCAUUAUCAUCUAAAAAACAGAAAGAAAUAGAAAACAACACGGUUGACGAUCGCUUUAACGGAUAUGAAAGGGUGAAGGCUUACCGCGCCAACAUAAAUUAAGUGGACCAAUUUUUAUACGAGAAACUACCAAAGAAACAUAAGUAAAUGUGAUUUUAUCAUUUAUUAUUUCAAAACUUUUUUCCGUACAAUCAAAGGAAUCAAAGUUCGACGAUACAUUGAAAUUGGGGAUCAUUUCCCGCGAAGCAGACUUCUCGAGAUAAAUCAGUGGAGAUGAUAACGUGACGUGAGAAAAGCUCGCCGGACGAGGCUUCGUUGGGAAUGAGUUCGAACGGGAAUACCGGAUCGCAGGAGGGCGGCGGGGGUGGCGAUUACGGGAGCAGCGACGAGACGGCUGCCCUGCUGACCAGGGGGCCACCCCCUCCCGUCGUCGUAGCCACGGCGCCUCCGGGAAAGCCGGUGCUGACGCGACAAGACCGCGCCACUUUCCUCGUAGCGUCACCUCAGAUGUCGGUCUCAGGCUUAGGGGGUUCCGAGGAAAGCGGGACUACCGAGGACCCAGCGACCAGGUCAGUGCCGGACAUCGAACUCCACUGCAGACUCGAUGGGGAACCGCAACCAGCGGCGAUGCCUGUCGGCGUAUCCUGUAGGAGCAGACCCUGCGGCAACCAUCAAGGCCAAGGCGCGUACAACAGGUGCCGGUGCGACAGGAGAGAGUCCUUGGCUCCGUCUUCGGCGAUGCACUUGGCGCGCAGCGUCUCCAGGGAAAGCGUCAGGAGCGGGCAUCACUGCUGCCCCUGUCAAUCGGCCCCGCCACCGCCGGUCUUGGUGACGACAUCGCCGAGCGCCCGGAUAAUCCGGCAAAGCUCGCAGCCGGAAGCAUCGGGUUGCUGUUGUACCGGAUGUUGCUGCCCCCUGCACGGAGGCGCAGCACCUAGCGCAGCCUCCCUGAGACAACUUCGCGAACCUGGCGAUGGUAUCGCCGGUAUCGCCGCAGAUUCUCUGCGGAUCAAUGGCGGCAUCAGGCAAUUCCGGCAGUUUCCCUGGUGGUGCAAAUCGUCCUCGACGACGACGACGACGACGACGGCUACGACGCCUCCACCUCCGACUGCUGGUUGUCCUUCUGGCUCUGGCGUCCAGGGCGUCUUGCUCUGUCCGCGCACCCUGUCGCAGGCGCGACGCACCCGACUUCGAAGGGCGCUGACCGAGGCCACCGCGGAGACGGUCACCUACGUCAAGACGCUGCGGAAGCCAGUUUCGACUCUGUCGAUUCCCAGCGCGAUGAAGACCAGCGGUGGGGUCUCGGGAGGCCCUGGAGGCGUCGGCGGCGGCGGUGCCGGUGCCGGACCCGGCGGGGGCGCCGGCGAAGACGCCGGCAUAGCCCUUGUCGGCGUCCAUUCAGAGUACCCUAGAUACAUGGAGGAGCGUGGCCUCGGCGGCGGCUCGAUGAAGGGUCCCUCCGGCGGCAGCAUAGGGCCCGCCUCCAAGCACAAGCCCAACGUUGGCUACCGCCUUGGCCGCCGGAAGGCCCUCUUCGAGAAGCGAAAGCGCAUCAGCGACUACGCUCUCGUCAUGGGAAUGUUCGGCAUCAUCGUCAUGGUCAUCGAAAACGAGCUGUCCAGUGCCGGGGUCUACACCAAGGCCUCGUUCUAUUCCACCGCCCUGAAAACCCUGAUCUCUAUGUCUACUGUGAUACUGCUUGGCCUCAUAUCUGCUUACCAUGCCUUAGAAGUUCAGUUAUUCAUGAUCGACAACUGCGCGGACGACUGGCGAAUCGCGAUGACCUGGCAACGAAUCUCCCAGAUAUCCAUCGAGCUGAUCAUCUGCGCGAUACACCCCAUUCCUGGCGAGUAUUACUUCCUGUGGACGACCAAGCUGGCGAACAAGGGCGGCGACAUAGGCUCGAAAUGGGUCCCCUACGACGUCACCCUGUCGCUACCGAUGUUCCUAAGGCUCUAUCUAAUCUGCCGGGUGAUGCUCCUGCACUCGAAACUCUUCACCGACGCCUCGUCGAGGAGCAUAGGCGCCCUGAAUCGGAUCAAUUUCAACACCAGGUUUGUUCUGAAGACCCUGAUGACCAUCUGCCCGGGGACCGUGUUGCUGGUCUUCAUGGUGUCCCUAUGGAUAAUCGCUUCGUGGACGCUGCGGCAGUGCGAAAGGUUUCACGACGAGGAGCACGCAAACCUCCUGAACGCGAUGUGGCUCAUCGCCAUCACCUUCCUGAGCGUUGGGUUCGGCGACAUCGUGCCGAACACUUACUGCGGCCGAGGAAUCGCAGUUUCGACAGGGAUGAUGGGAGCCGGAUGCACUGCUCUUCUCGUGGCGGUCGUCUCCAGGAAGCUAGAAUUAACUAGAGCCGAGAAACACGUUCACAACUUUAUGAUGGAUACCCAGCUCACAAAGAGGUUGAAGAACGCAGCUGCCAACGUUCUCAGGGAAACUUGGCUCAUCUACAAACAUACGAGGCUGGUGAAACGAGUCAAUCCCGGUCGCGUCAGAACGCAUCAACGAAAAUUUCUUUUGGCGAUAUACGCGCUAAGGAAAGUAAAAAUGGAUCAACGAAAAUUAAUGGACAACGCCAACACGAUAACGGACAUGGCCAAGACGCAGAAUACCGUCUACGAGAUCGUCUCGGACAUGAGCACGCGGCAGGACGCCUUCGAGGAGCGGCUGGUCAGCCUCGAGGACAAGCUCACCGCCCUCCAGGAGCAGGUCGAAAUGCUGCCGGAGGCGCUCACCCGGAGCCUGGCUCAACACGCGGAGCGUCUCGAGCAGCGACGCAACUUCCUUCACCCGGACACCGCGGCGAUCGUCACUUCCGGCGGCGGCGGCCUCGGCAUCGGCGUCCCAGGAAGCACCGGCGUCGCCGCGCACCAUCCCCUCGGCAACCUCGUCACGUCGCCGCUCCUGCCGCACUCCAGGAGCGUCCCGUCGGCGCCGAGCACCGCCUCGCUUCAUCCCUGGCCGGCGAGUCCGGUUCUUCCGCCGAUAUCGAGCCGCACCCCCCAUCUCGUACCCGAAACUGGCAGACACCACGGCGCCGUCGCUCACCAGCCGUCGGCGCCCACCACGUCCCAGUCCUCCACCGGACUCGGGGCGAACAACAACCAGGGCCCGGGGCCUUCCGCGCCCAGCUGAGCCUCGUCCCUGCAGCCGCAGCACUCCUACUAAAGUAGCGGGCAAUAUUCGUCCAAUGCGCUUCGCGUUCCUCUGCCGCCCGAGAUCACCCGAGAUAAGCCGGACAAUUUUCGUAUGGAUGCGAGGAAACCCUCGGCCGAGACACUCGACGCUUUCGGGGAUGGUAUUAUCGACUUUAAGGUUGAUUCUUCGUUUCUUUACUUUCUCUUUUUCGACAGAGGAAUUCGUCGGGGCCAGGGGGACGGUUUAAAAAUUCAAACUUCUCCAACGAUGCAGUAGGUUCUUUGCGUCGCUAAAACUUUUCACAAUUUUUACCACAGAUUCACAGAGAUUGCUUGUUAUUCUUCAAAUUAUAGGAUCAGCACAGCAAAUGUAUAAUGUACUGAAAUUACGAAAAAACACACGCAGACUGAACUCAAAAUAUUCAAAAAAAAUUAUCAAAGUGUAUGUGUAAGUAUUUUUUCUUUUUCUUUCUUUUUUUUCUCACAAUAUCAAAUUCAGGGUAUAAUUAUACAUACGUGAUGCGAAUUAAAAUAUUAGAAAUAAAUGAUUCGAAUCUUCUAAUGAAAAAAAGAUACAAAAAAAAAGAACAUCUUCCAGACCCGUCAAGCUAGACAUUUGAUUGCUAAUCUGCGGUGGCAAUUCUUCAAAUAUACGAUUUGGACCAAAAACUUUGGUUGCACUGGAACCGUGGCCCUCGCCCUGAAAUCGUCUGCGAUGCUUGAAUUUUCGAGUAAACGAAUUCGCCGAGCAUGUUUACAUCGAUAAGCUGUAAUAUGUGAACUGAUCGGAACGUGGCGAUGUAUGACGAUGUACGCAUCUUGGGAGUAUUUCAUUACCGUAAGGAAGGUUAUAAAUUGGAGUAUUGAAAAAGGGUCAAAGUCGCAGGUACUACGAGAUGAAAAUGGCGUUGUAUACGAUUCGCUGUCGGACCUGGUACUCCUCGCAAUGUACGGUUAAUCCUGUUACCGGUAUCAGGGCGGUGUUGUAAACAGGAUUAAACAACUCGUGAGAAAUGGCGCAGGGUUUAAACGUGAAAUGCAGGGAUUCUUCCACCUGCUGCGGACUGCCUUCUGCCCGACAACCGUGCCUCAAAACUUUUACUUAAUGUUAAUAAUAUUAACGUCAUUCAGCUCGACAUCCAUCUCCUAACUGUUCUCUCUUGUGAAACUUGGAAAGAAAUAAUCGCGGACGAAACGCAAAGGUGGUAGGUACGUAGGUACCUAGGUAUAUGUAUAAUAAACUACACAUAUAAUUGCGAACUGCUGCGGGAUGAAAUGCGCCCGAAUUAUUCACACGCCGCCUCACAAUCGACCUGUUGAAACGAGGUACACACACGUGUUGACACGAAAGUCAUUCUCUCUCCCUCCCCCUCCCUCCCUCCCUCCUUCCCUCUUCCUCUCUCUUUCUCUCUCUAUCUGUCGUCACGUCCGUAAUUUUUGCAAAAAGAAUAAAUAAAUAAAUUAACGAAUGAAUAAACAAAUAAAUAAAUAAAUAAAGAAAUAUACAAAAAAAAAUGCAUCAGUUUCGCGGCGAUCCCGUAGACGAGGGAUACCGUGGAACGGGACCAAGAAAAGACUAAACGCUGUAUUGUUUGUCAAAAUGAACCUUCUAUAAAUUCUCUGUCAAGUCUUUCGCGCGCGCACUCACACACACACAUUGACACUGGAUACGACAACCGCAGCACACUAUUUUUAUACAGAGAAAUUUCUCGAGGAGGUGCAUGAUAUCGUAUAAUACAUAUGUAUAUAUAUAUAUAUAUAUAUAUAUAUAUAUAUAUGUAUAGUACAUAUAUAUAAAUAGGCCUGUUUCAUGAAGCGCGAAGUUCGUCACUCGAGUGCAGUUAUAGUAUUAAUAAUUUUAAAAUAGUUAUUCGAAAAGGGAAAAAUCACGGGUCAUAAGUAUAAUGUAUUUUAACCCUGGCCUGCAAAAAACGCCUGCACGCGGUGUGAAGAAAAGAGAGACGAAUUAUUGUACGAUAAUAUGUAUACAAAAGGUCGGACAUGCGGAGAACCGUGAAAGAAAUAACGAGAAAACAAUUAAUGGGCUUGUCAAUCAACAUUCAACGCUCGUUGUCAGUCAACGAAGCUUUCGCUAAGGGGCAAUUCCACUCCGAAACUCCCACGGACUCAGUUCUAUAUAACAAGUCUCACGGUGAUCACUCUUCUCUGCAAAAUUUCUACCUCGUUUUUUCUUUUUCAUUUCAUUGCUUUUUAACGCCCUUUAAAUUUUUGGUAUGGAUUCGUAGGAAUUACACCGAUUCUCAUUGAAAAUUCAGUGGUAAAAUGAGAAUAUAGUCAGCACACCUAUACGUAUGAACAACAUAUACAGAAUCAGAAAUUAAAGAUGUAUCGAAAAAAUAUCAGUUUUCGCUGGGUAGAAGUUAGCAAAAAAAAAAAAAACAAAAACGAAAAAAAAAAACUGCGACGUGCGAAACAAUUGUUUCGGAAUAGAAUUGCCCUCUGUAAAUCUGUUACAGUAGCUGAUCGGAGCGCACGUUCAAGAGAGACAUGUACAAGAGUAUUAUAAGUUACCGUAAACGGCAACAACAACGAAGGAGGGUUGAAAAAUGGGGGGG